AUGCAUCCAGAAGAUCCCCCCAUAAUAGUUGCGACCCACACCAAUCAUGUUUUGGAUCAAAUCCUCACUCACAUUGCCAAGUUUGAGCCUAAAUACAUCCGCAUUGGGGGGAGAAGCAGAAAUGCGAAAGUAUUGGAGCGAACACUUUUCGCCAUCAAAGAUAACCAGAGGUCCUUAAAUCUGCCAAACGGCCUGCUGCACAGGGCUCGGCGAAAGCAUGUCGCUCUUAUCAAUGAUAUCAUUCAGAACACCCUCAAGGGGUUUGACAAGCAGGGAGACGCAAGCAUUGGAAGCAUUUUCAUUCAACAUGAGCUGCGUACGAAAGAGCAGCUCGUCAACUUGGAGCGUGGAAGCAAUGAGUGGGUUACUUGCACCACGACAAGGCUUUUGGAGCCUCUCAUUGCCUGGCUUGGAGAGCAGGCGACGCCCUUCGACGGCCUUAAUACGUCGAAUUAUUCUAGCAAGGUGAUUGAAGAUUUUGACCAGGACUAUGAGGUGCUCAUGGGUCUAGAAGAGAAAGAGCUCGUGGACAGUAAUGGCAUAGACUACCUGAAAGGCAAGAUGAUUGACCUCCGGCGGGCCUUUCCAUGUCGGUAG